ACCUUGCUAGCUCCCUUCCCCAAUCUCUCCCAUCUCUCAUCUUCCGCCUUGUCCACCAAACCCUAGCUCGCUAGAGCCCGCGCCGCCGCCAUGGACGUCGACGCGGAGAUCUCGCGCACGCAGGAGGAGCGGCGCAAGUUGGAGGAGGCGCUCGCGGCCGGCGCGCCCAUGGCCGUCUCCUCCGUCACCUUCGACACCGACCUCUACGGUGGCGGAGGGGCCGACCCCAACCGCUUCGCCGGCUACGACACCUCCAUCCCGGCCUCCGAGGACGACGCCGCGGAGGACGACACGGAGGCCGCCAACCCCGCGCCGCGCCGCCUCGCGGCCUACACGGGCCACGCCAUCGCCGCCGCCGACCUCCCGCGCUCGGCCGACGACGACGCGCUGCCCAAGAGGUCCCAGCGCAUCAUCGACCGCGAGGACGACUACCGGCGCCGCCGCCUCAACCAGAUCAUUUCGCCGGAGCGCCAUGACCCGUUCGCUGCCGGGGAGGCCACCCCGGACCCCUCGGUGCGGACCUACGCCGAUGUCAUGCGUGAUGCGGCGCUUGCGAAGAAGAAGGAGGACCUGAUGCGCGAGAUUGCGAAGAAGAAGAAGGAAGAGGAGGAGAAGGAGAAGGAGAAGAAGGCUGCGGCACCUGAGCAGCCUGCUGCCACCACAAAGCGGCGCAACAGGUGGGAUCAGUCGCAGGACAGCGAUGCUGCUGCUGGGGCUAAGAAGGCAAAGACAUCCUCGGACUGGGAUGCCCCUGAUGCAACUCCUGGGAUCGGGCGUUGGGACGCAACUCCUGGGCGUGUUGGAGAUGCCACACCCUCUGUGAGAAGGAAUAGAUGGGAUGAGACACCAACCCCAGGGAGGAUGGCUGAUGCUGAUGCAACGCCUGCAGCUGGUGGUGUUACCCCGGGCGCAACUCCUUCUGGGGCUUGGGAUGCUACUCCAAAGCUGCCUGGUGGUGUCACGCCAACCCCUGGUAAGAAGCAGAGAUCAAGGUGGGAUGAGACGCCAGCGAGUAUGGGGAGUGCCACCCCUGGUGGUCUCGGUGCUGCAACGCCUGCUGGCUAUACUCCUGGACCGACACCAUUUGGUGCAGAGAACCUUGCCACACCAACGCCUAGUCAGAUCGCUCGUGGCCCGAUGACUCCAGAGCAGUACCAGCUCAUGCGGUGGGAGCGGGACAUUGAAGAGAGAAACAGGCCUCUCACUGAUGAGGAGCUUGACGCUAUGUUCCCGCAGGAGGGGUACAAGAUUCUUGAGCCUCCGGCUUCUUACCAGCCCAUAAGGACCCCGGCAAGGAAGCUUCUUGCGACGCCAACACCUCUUGGAACACCACUUUAUGCUAUUCCAGAGGAGAAUCGUGGGCAGCAGUUUGAUGUGCCCAAGGAGCUGGGUGGUGGUUUACCACUCAUGAAGCCAGAGGAUUACCAGUAUUUUGGGACGUUGCUGAAUGAGGAAGAGGAGGAGCAGCUAUCGCCAGAGGAGCAAAAGGAGAGGAAAAUCAUGAAACUGUUGCUCAAAGUGAAGAAUGGCACACCCCCACAGCGUAAAACAGCACUUCGGCAGCUGACAGACAAAGCCCGGGAAUUCGGUGCUGGACCACUGUUCAACAAAAUCCUGCCCUUACUUAUGCAGCCAACACUGGAGGACCAGGAGCGACACCUUCUGGUGAAGGUCAUUGAUAGGGUACUGUAUAAGCUGGAUGAGCUGGUCCGUCCAUUCGUGCACAAGAUUCUUGUGGUUAUUGAGCCCCUGCUUAUUGAUGAGGACUACUAUGCUCGUGUUGAGGGCCGGGAGAUCAUCUCAAAUCUUAGCAAAGCAGCUGGUCUUGCCACAAUGAUUGCUGCCAUGCGGCCGGAUAUUGAUAACAUUGAUGAGUAUGUCAGAAACACCACUGCUAGGGCGUUCAGUGUGGUGGCUUCUGCUUUGGGUAUCCCUGCACUCCUACCGUUCUUGAAGGCUGUCUGUCAGAGUAAGAAGUCCUGGCAGGCUCGGCACACUGGUAUCAAAAUCGUUCAGCAGAUUGCUAUUCUCAUGGGCUGUGCUGUUCUGCCACAUCUUAAGUCACUUGUUGAGAUCAUUGAACAUGGUCUGAGUGAUGAGAACCAGAAAGUGCGGACCAUUACUGCCCUUUCUCUUGCUGCACUAGCUGAGGCUGCUGCACCCUACGGUAUAGAAAGCUUUGAUACUGUUUUGAAGCCUUUGUGGAAGGGUAUCAGAUCUCACCGUGGGAAGGUCCUUGCUGCCUUCUUGAAGGCCAUUGGUUUCAUCAUCCCUCUGAUGGACGCUCUGUAUGCGAGUUACUACACAAAGGAGGUGAUGCAGGUCCUUAUUAGGGAGUUCCAGUCACCAGAUGAAGAGAUGAAGAAGAUUGUCCUCAAGGUUGUGAAGCAGUGUGUCAGUACAGAGGGUGUGGAGGCUGAUUAUAUCCGGAAUGACAUCCUUCCAGAUUUCUUCAAGCACUUCUGGGUUAGGAGAAUGGCUCUAGAUCGCAGGAACUAUAAACAGCUUGUGGAAACUACAGUGGAGAUGGCGAAUAAGGUUGGAGUUGCUGAUAUUGUUGGGAGGGUUGUUGAGGAUCUGAAGGAUGAAAGCGAGCCCUACAGAAGGAUGGUGAUGGAAACAAUUGAGAAGGUGGUGGCCAACUUGGGUGCUUCAGAUAUUGAUGCUCGCCUAGAGGAGCUGCUUAUUGAUGGUAUUCUGUAUGCUUUUCAAGAGCAAACAAGUGAUGAUGCGAAUGUUAUGCUUAAUGGUUUUGGAGCUGUGGUUAAUGCACUUGGACAGAGAGUUAAGCCUUACCUUCCUCAGAUUUGUGGUACCAUCAAGUGGCGAUUGAACAACAAGAGUGCAAAAGUUAGGCAGCAGGCUGCUGAUCUGAUAUCCAGGAUAGCCAUCGUCAUGAAGCAGUGCCAGGAGGAGCAGCUCAUGGGUCAUUUGGGUGUUGUGCUGUAUGAGUACUUAGGAGAGGAGUAUCCUGAAGUGCUGGGUUCGAUUCUUGGAGCUUUGAAGGCUAUCGUCAAUGUCAUUGGUAUGACUAAAAUGACUCCUCCAAUCAAGGACCUUCUUCCUCGUCUGACCCCCAUCUUGAAGAACAGGCAUGAGAAGGUCCAAGAGAACUGCAUUGAUCUUGUUGGUAGGAUUGCUGAUCGUGGAGCAGAAUUUGUGCCAGCAAGGGAAUGGAUGAGGAUUUGUUUUGAGCUGCUUGAAAUGUUGAAGGCUCACAAGAAGGGUAUUAGGAGAGCCACUGUGAACACAUUUGGUUAUAUUGCUAAGGCUAUUGGGCCGCAGGAUGUGCUGGCCACCCUUUUGAAUAACUUGAAGGUGCAAGAGCGACAAAACCGUGUUUGCACAACUGUAGCAAUUGCUAUAGUUGCUGAAACGUGCUCACCUUUCACAGUUUUGCCUGCCCUUAUGAACGAGUACCGGGUUCCAGAGCUCAAUGUCCAAAAUGGUGUCCUGAAGUCCCUCUCUUUCCUCUUUGAAUAUAUUGGUGAGAUGGGCAAAGAUUACAUAUAUGCUGUCACUCCCUUACUUGAAGAUGCCCUCAUGGAUAGAGAUCUGGUUCAUCGGCAGACUGCUGCUUCUGCUGUUAAGCACAUGGCUCUAGGCGUUGCUGGCUUGGGUUGUGAGGAUGCUCUUGUCCAUCUGCUUAACUAUGUGUGGCCAAACAUUUUUGAGACAUCUCCCCAUGUCAUAAAUGCUGUCAUGGAGGCGAUUGAGGGGAUGAGGGUCGCACUAGGUGCAGCUGUGAUUUUGAAUUAUUGCCUGCAAGGCCUCUUCCAUCCAGCAAGGAAAGUGCGUGAAGUGUAUUGGAAGAUCUACAACUCUCUAUACAUUGGUGCACAGGAUGCACUUGUUGCUGCAUAUCCUGCCCUGGAGGAUGAUGGGGAUAACAUCUUUAGCCGUCCAGAGCUGGCAAUGUUUGUCCGGGGCCGACCAAAGCCGAUGGCCGCCGGGUUCGCGCUCGCCGCCGCGUCCCCGUCGCCGGCGCUGCUCACCGGCGAGCGCCUCGUGGUCUUCCUCUUCGCCGCCCGCGUCGCGCUCGCGGCCCCGGCCCUCCUCGCCGCGCCGCUCGCGGUCCUCGCCGCCGCCGCCCUCGCCGUCGAGCUCGCCGUGGAUGGCUCCGCCUCCCCGCUCCGCCGCUUCAGGACCAGGCCAGGUGCUUCAUCAGGCAUACUUCUUGGUGCCACUACUCUGCCGAGUGUCAUGCUUUCUCAAUUAAUCCAGCGGUCAAGGCUCUUACCAGCUGAUCCUAAUGGACCUGAAGAAUUUGCAUACCUUGAAAUGCAGUACUGGGCGGCAUCAAUCAGCUGUCUCGGUGUGCUGGCUUUCUUCCUUUGGCAUCUACGGCAGUCUCCCAGCAAUGGAGUUUCUAAACAUUUGAAAUACGGUCCAUUGUUGGUAGCUUUAUAUCUCGUGACAUACUUCUUGUCCUUUCUACUGAAGACUGAUGGAGGUCUGAUGGUAAUGACCAAUAUGGUGUAUAUGCUCUGCCAUGGAGUGGCUGCUGUGAUCUUAAUCAAGCAUAUUCUAGAGAAGUUUCCUUCAUGUUCAUCUUUUGGGGAGGCGCUUCUGGUGUCCAGUGGUCUUGUUCUUUACUUUGGUGAUAUGUUGGCCCAUACACUUUCAAAGAUGGAUUUUUCCAUGUCAUCAAAAGCAUUCAUUCACACACCUGGAACUAGAAGCGAUAUGACCACAAUUAUUCAGGGGAUUUUACUUGGCCUUUUUCUACUUCCAUUGCUAUACAAAAGUUCUCUUCAGUUUUGGGAUUACUGUAAGGGGAAGCAACGGACAGAAGCAGCUGUGGAACAUACACAAAAAAGAAUUGGUUCUGCUGUAUUCUAUACCUUGUUGUUGGUGGUGUUAAUGUUUUUAGUACCAUCAUGGACACACCUUGUUCAAGGUCUUAAAGUGCAUCCUUUUGUUUGGAUUAUUAACUACAUGUUCACUGAUUCACAUGAACGACUUGCUUUAUGUGCAUACUGGAUAUGUGUGAUAUGUGUAUCAGUUAGAAGGUUCUACAGCAUAUCAAAGCAGAGCAAAACAGAGAGGAUUCUUUUGCGCAAGUAUUAUCAUCUUGUCGCUGUUCUGAUUUUCUCUCCUGCAGUUAUAUUUCAGCCUGCUUUCUUGGACUUGGCAUUUGGUGCAGCAUUUGCAGUUUUCUUAAUAUUGGAGAUGAUACGAAUUUGGGAAAUAUACCCUCUUGGGCGUGUUGUGCAUCAGUUUAUGAACGCCUUCACUGAUCAUCGUGAUUCUGAGAUUCUUAUUGUUAGCCAUUUUUCACUCUUACUGGGCUGUGCACUUCCUAAAUGGAUGUCAUCUGGAUUAAAUGACCGACCGCUUGCCCCUUUCGCUGGAAUUCUCAGCUUGGGGAUAGGCGAUACCAUGGCAUCAAUGAUAGGGUACAAGUAUGGCGUGUUAAGAUGGAGCAAGACAGGAAAGAAAACAAUUGAAGGCACAGCAGCAGGCAUAACUUCUGUGCUAGCAGCCUGCUCUAUUCUGGUGUCACUCUUAGCUUCCAGCGGGUACAUUCUUUCGCAGAAUUGGUUAUCGCUUUUGAUAGCUGUAACAUUGAGCGGAUUAUUGGAGGCAUAUACAGCACAGCUCGACAAUGCUUUCAUACCUCUCGUGUUCUACAGUCUUCUAUGUCUAUAGAAGUAACCUUCUGUACAUCAGACUGAUCUUGAGGUCCUCUUUUUGUUUGCUAAUAUAUGCUAGUAUAUAGUGCAAUACGUUAUGUCUACAUUAGUCGCUUGGUCUCCUCGGUGCGUCAAGUGCCUGAUCCAACUAAUCACAUUAUCUGUAAUCCUGUAUUCAGAAGUUCAGAAGUCCUGCUCUUGGUUGAAGCAUAUAGGCAUAGGAACUAGGAACAGAAGUAGAAAAGCACAAAUGAGUCCUUGAGCAGAUGGCAUUUUGGCAUAGUUGAAUGUACAUAAAGUAUUAUCUGAACCUGUCAUUGGAAUAUACAUGUUGUUCCUCCAUACUA